AUGUUUGACUAUAUCAUAUACCACAAAAAACAUCCUUUGAAUGACAACAUAGACUUCCUUGGGAGAAGUCCUGCGAGAAGCAUCAGGAUCACCAGACUGAGUGUGCCCACUUUCGUAAAGAACGGGACGGAGUCGGUCGUGUUGGACUGCGAGUACGAGCUCGACAGCGACCCCACCGAUCGCCAGGGCCUCGUGGUCAAGUGGUUCCUGGACGACGACCCGGUUCCCCUGUACCAGUGGAUUCCGGAGAUCUCGGUGGGGCGUCACGUGGGGCCCAAACUUCGCAACAGACUUGACCUGUUCUUCAGCGUGCCUAAUGGGACUGACCUAAACAAGUUCAGAGCACUUAAGAUCAUGCGACCUACGACGGAGUUGAGCGGAAUAUACACGUGCCAGGUGUCUUCUUUGGUAGGCCAGGAAUCCCGCUCUGGCAACAUGACCGUGUAUGCUCCUCCUCAGAACGUAACGUUCAGCAUCAUAAGUCCCGAAGUAAACGAGACAGUCGGUGGCGUCGAGUGCACGGCACAGCAUGCUGUCCCGGCUCCGGAGGUGACCUUCCGGAUUCUCUGGAGCAUCGGACUCGACAACCACACCACCCAGCUAUCCCCCGUAGAGACGUACGUCAGCCCGUCUUCGGACGACGCCUUCUACGACGUCCGAGCAACUGCCCGUUUCGACAUCCCGCGUCUACCUCCUCGCCAAGGAUCGACGGAGUUCCAGUGCAUCAUCAGCGUUCCGGGGGCUUACAACCGGACGAGGACAAUUAGCCGGAGGAUCACGCGAAAGCAAGCCGACCCUGCAACAUCAAGUUACAACGAAACGGUAUCAUUUCCCCUCCGGUAUUUGAUGCGUUGGAUCCCCUGGCUUGCACUUUUGCAUUGGAAUAUUUCCUGACACAUUCAGCAACAUCGGUGGGUCAGUAAAGUACCGCCUUCCUGAAGGAAGCUACUGGAAUACAUAAAAACCGAGGCAGUUAUGUGUAAAUUUUUUUCGCUUUCCGUUUUUUAUUUCUUUUUGCAGCUUAUAGACUCUGGCCAGAAAACCGAAAAAAUAAAGAUUUCUCGAAUAAACAUUUGAUCGAAGUAUGUCA